UAAUAACUAUUCGUAGACUUUUAAAAUGAAUAAUUCUGCUGCCAUGGUUGGAGAAAUAUUUACUGAAGCAGGGGCUGCCUUUAAUAAAUUAGCAGAAAUGACCAUGAUGCUGCAUCCUUUAGCAGAACAAAGUGCUACUCCUCAGGCAAAAACACCAGUGAAACGAAAACAACACGAUGAAAGGUUGUCAACAGUUCCCCCCUCAGGAGCUAGUCAGGUUUCUUUAAAUAUGCUUAAUGCACAAGAAGCGGACAUGGAUGUGGACAGUCUCGGCAAUGAUGUCAAAUUAGAAUUUGAAACAAGCACUGAAGAAGUAGUAGCGAACAUGUAAACUUAUAAAGU